AUGGAGGAAUCACAAAGCCUUAGAGAAUUGUUUACAUCGGCCCGCGAAGCCAAGACUGCGCUGGAAUCAAGAGGGGACACCAACACCGAGGCCUACCUUGAUGCUGUCAAUGCGGCAAUUGCCAAGUUCCAAGAAUGCCAGCGACAAGUUAGCAUUCUGUCGCUGUUUAGUUCAAAUGAGUCGCUGGAUGAUGUAUCAACAGGCGAUAUCCAGUACAUGACAUUGGAGUAUUACCUUGCUGAACUCAUGCAGCGAGGUCCCACCACUGAUCGCGAAUCGGUCCUUCGUCGCGCGCUUGAACAAUACGAACAAUUUCUCACCCGCCUGGAUGAAUAUCAGUUAUUGCCCACUGGAGAUAAGAAACUACUUGAACGAUACAUGGCCAACCCCUCCACCUUUACCCUUGCGCCGAUGAACGAUGCCGCAGCUCGGCGAGAUGUCAAAGUGAGACGUUUCAGAGAAGAAAAAGAGCUUAAGCAGAAAAUAGAAUAUCUCGCCCGAAACGAAGCACGACUCCAAAGCGAUGACGAUGAUACCCGGCAACUGUAUCUAGCCGAGCUCCAACUCUAUACGCACCAAACUUUUCAAGCAUUAGACCUACUAAUGCAAGAGUUGUCUAUGCUUUCAGCUAUACGGAGCACGCCUGCACUCAUACAAUCUCCUCCAGAUGACCCCAGGCAACGCAGCAACCUGGGCGGUUCAAACUAUUCAGAUCGACUGGACCCGUCUCUAGCACAAUUACUUAAGGGCGGGCGAAACGGACCCCUAUUGAACAGUAAAGGCAAGCCUAUGCAACCUUUUACGCUGCUCGAUCGUCGGACGCAGCUACAACAAGGCGUCUUCCGAUCUGGCCAUAAUCUUCCGACUAUGACGAUUGACGAGUACCUUGAGGAAGAAAAGCGACGAGGCAAUUUCCUGCAGGGAGGAGAGCAGUCUGGAAUACAGCCGGAGAUUGACGAAGAUGAUCUUGACAAGGCGGAUGAGGAGACCAUGAAAGCUCGAGCCUGGGAUGAAUAUGUGGAGGCGAAUCCCAAAGGAGCUGGCAACACCCUCAAUAGAGGGUGA